AUGAACGAUGGCACUCCCGAGUUUGUUGAAAGCUUGGUUGCCGAGGAUCUUAAGGUUACAAAAGCCGAGAAGGUUAGGUUCUAUACAUUAGCGGUCGUAACCUUUGGAACUGCAGUCCCUGCUGGACAAUUUGAUCCUGGCAUAAUGACUGGGUCAUCCUAUGAGAUUUUAGUUAAGAUGUUUGUUGUAAAUUUCUAUGAGAAGCUGAAUAUUGAUGAGGGAAUGUGA